GCGACGUUUUCCGUCUCCUUUCAAAAAUGGUGUUUGCUAAACUCGCGGUGUACUAAAUGUAACUUGUAAGGUUUGUCGAGUUCACGUCCUCCUCAAACGGGAACCAACCACUUUCGUUACAAAUUACACACAAACCGCAAUGUUUUAGGGGCGUUUUAAUAAAACGAGUGGAGUUGAGUCGUCAAUAAAAUGACAUCGGGCAACAAUAUCGAGACCGAGUUUCUGGAGCUGAACAGUAAACAACAAUGGGACAUAGUUUAUCAGUUAAUAAGAACGAAAUCAACAUCGAGCGCUUACAGCACCUCAGAAGCAAUAAAACCCCAAAACAAACCGUUAAAUCGCUAUAGAGACGUAAGCCCCUACGAUCAUAGUAGGAUAGUAUUGAAUCGCGGUUCAACUGAUUACAUCAACGCGAAUCUCGUUGUGAUCCCGAAAGCAAACCGUCGUUACAUCCUCACACAAGGGCCGCUUUGUUCGACAGUCAGCCAUUUUUGGCUAAUGAUGUGGGAACAAUCGAGUAAAGCGGUCCUGAUGCUGAACAAGCUGGUCGAAAAGAAACAGGAAAAAUGCUACCAGUAUUGGCCCGAAAAAAUGGGUUCAGAACACAAGAUGGUUCUUGAAGAUGUGGGCUUGGCGAUUGAAUACGUCGAAUAUCAGGACUAUUCCCAUUAUUUGACGAGGACGUUUACGGUGCACGAUCUCGAAAGCGGCGAUUCAAGGCAGAUCAUUCAAUUUCAUUAUACAACAUGGCCUGAUUUUGGAGUUCCUGGCUCUCCGAAAGUGUUUUUGGAGUUUUUGAAGAAAGUUAGGGCGGCUGGAGUAUUAGAACAAGAUGUUGGACCGGCUGUUGUACAUUGUUCGGCGGGUAUCGGCCGAUCUGGAACAUUUUGUUUAGUUGACUCUUGUCUGGUUCUUAUUGGAAAAUUCGGACUAAACUCGGUAGAUGUAAAGGACGUCCUCUUAGAAAUGCGACAAUAUCGUAUGGGUCUAAUUCAAACUGCAGAACAAUUAAGGUUUUCCUACCAAGCGAUCAUCGAAGGCGCAAAAAAAUUAACCGACGAAUGUCCAGACACGGAGAACUGCAACUCAACAAAUUCAAUAAAACCAUCGGAAAACAACGUAGAAGAAAGUAACAGCGCCGACGAAGAAAUUGAUGAUGAACCUCCACCAUUACCACCUCCCCGUAUGGACAGUUUAAAUAAUUACGCUGAUAGACCUUUGCCGAAAAUUCCAGUUAGUACAUCUUUAACUGAAUUAACUUUCAAUGGAGUUGCUGAAGAGAUGGAAACUCCCCCAAAUAGGCCAUUACCAGUUGUGCCUCCUUCGGAAGGUGAUGAAGCUGAAAUAGAGGAAUAUAGCAGCCCAGAUGAACUAGAAGAGGAAAGUCGAACGGAAAGUCCUGUUUCGAAUAAAUCCGAACCUACGCCGAAUUGGAAAACAACGUCGCCUGAUGCGGAGUUGAGGCAUCGUAAACGAAAGGAAAGAAAGGAGCAACUAGCGGCGCAGGUUCGCGAUAUGAAGAGACGUCAACAAUCGUUGGAGAAGUGGACCAAGCUGAAGAGGUCUCUGUUUAAACCAUUAGUUCUGACCGGAAGUAUCGUAUUAGGCGGCGGAAUCGUCGCCUAUCUCUACAUCAAAUAUUCAUCUUAAAAAACUAGUAGUAUUCUUUCUCUCAUUCUCAUUUAAGUUUCUCCCAUCAGCCCCUCUCUUUCCUCCCAAUUACUACUUCAAUAUUAUUACUACUAUUUACUAUUAUUUCUUAUUUGCGAUUAUUUAAAAAAUUAAAUUGAAGAAGUGAGCAACUUAAAAAAACCAACCCACACAUAACUAUUUGCUACAAUACUAUAAUACGAUUAAUAUUAUUAUUACCGCAUUCUUACAGGAAGAAAAAUAUGUUCUUUGUUACAACGUAACCGUGUGUGUGUAUAUAUAUUAUAUACAUAUAUAUAUAGAUAUAUAUAUAUAUUUAAACGUAUAUAUAUUGUAUUAUUAGGUUUUUUGAGCACUGUGUUUUCGGUAGCACUGACUAUAGAAUUUAUUUUUUUGUUUUUUUGGAAAUCUUAAAUAUUUUUUAAAAAACUUGAGAAUUGGUGCAAUCAAAAAUGAAAUAACAUGAAAUUGAACGAGUCGUUAUGGUUAAAAUAAUUUAAAAAAUGGUUACAGGAGAGCUACUUAAUCUGCCAAACGAAAAAAAAAAAGUAAAAUUAUAUUGAAAUAAAGUAAAAUAUGGAAAAUUUCUCCUCAUGUUUAGGUUACAUCCUAUGAGCCGUACGAAUAAAUUUUCUAAAAUAAAUAAAAGGAAAAAGGAAGGGAAAGGAAUACGAUUUUGCUAUAAUAGGAAUUAAUAUGAAUCGAGUGAUAGGAAUGGGUUGACAGUUACUUGGAAUUAUUAAAGGUGCGUAAUGUUCAGCAAAAACAAGACUGAAAUAUGCCGUUGAUAGGCGAACACUCCUAAAAAUGUUGGUCCUGUUCUUUUUUUUUGUGUUUUUUAUUACCAUUUUUUUUUUUUAUUUUCAUUUCAUUAUAGAAGUAUUUAUAAUCAA